UAUACCUAGAGUGCAGUAAAUAGGAUAUAUAUUAAUUUGUUACUCGAUUAUAUUGCUUCAAAUUAGUGUAAAUAGCACGACUAUAUACGUAGUAGUUCAAGUGUAAAGUGAGUGGAAUAAGUAUACAAGUCAUAGACCGCAACUACCUACCUACACAGUUAAUCAUUAUACGUAUUUUAUGUUCACAAUUUCAAAAGUUUAUUAAUUGUUGAAAGUGUAAACAACCUAUCGCGACAGUUUGUCAUCACACAACGCGAAAUAUUGUGCAGCUUUCUAUUUUGUGAACGUACUUCUAUCAAUAUCGGAGUUUGUUCGGCCUCUGCUGAUUGCUUCACCGCAUUUUCUAGCAUUAUAGCUUCGGCACCAAUUUACUGUCGGGAUGUCUUCUGGAGUGAUGCGAUGUGCUGGAUGUUUUAAGAAAAUCGAGAAUAAUCUGUUUUUGAGCUGCAGCAUCUGUAAACAAGCUUACGAUCUCCAUUGUGCUGAUGUGGCCGAGAAAUCAUUCUGCAAUGCCAUGUCACACGAGCAUCGUGCCGCAUGGAAGUGCCCCUUAUGUGUCAGUAAACAGCCUAAAACUGACAAUACUGAUACGCCAGUUCGUACUGUGACUCAAGGGGUUAUGACUCGUAGAGGAGCUGCCGCAGUCAGUCCAGUGGAUCAGCUCAACAUGUCUAUCGUGUCGGAUGCCCCUAUGCGCGGGGAUUUAGAUGAUAUAACGGACACACAGAUGCUGGCGCUCGAGAUACGUCGUUUCAGAGAAGAGUUGUCUGCAUCACGAAUCCAAAUGCAAUUACUCAAUGAGAAUAUGGCUAGGUUGUCGACAGGGCUGGAUAAUUGCAAUGCCCGCGUUGAUCGACUGUCUAUUCGUGUUGACAAUUUAGAACGUCAGAUCUGCGAGGGUAGCUCGAGUGCUACAUCAUGUGAGGAUACGCUGAUGAAGGCUAUUGAGCAGCUUAAAGCAGAACUAAAUGAUCGGGACCAGGAACUCCUUCUCAAUGACAUUGAAAUAUCUGGUGUCCCGGAGCAGAAAGGUGAAAAUGUGACACAUGUUACACUAACGCUGGCAACUAAAUUAGGAAUUAAACUGUCUGAGGAGGAUGUGGUUAGUGCGUCACGAGUGGGGUCGGUGCUGAGGACCUCGGAUGGACCCACACACCAACUACGGCCCCGGCUUAUCGUGGUUCGGUUGGCCAGGCGUACUCUGCGUGAUCAGUUCCUUCACGAAGCCCGUAUACGCCGCGGUGCCACCACCGGGGACGCUGGCCUUCCUGGCCCAUCUUGUAGAUUCUAUGUAAAUGAGAGACUUACUAGAAUUAACCGUUAUGUGUUUCAUCAGGCCCGUGAUGUCGCUAAGCGGUGUGGUUGGAGGUUUGUUUGGACUAGAAACGGUAAAAUUUUUGUGCGUCAUAAUAAUGAAAAUGGUACUGUUCGUCACCGUAUCGGCUCAGUACCUGAUCUUGUGAGGGUUUUUGGACAGGACAAUGUUAGUUCAAUUAAAAUCUAGUAAUAAUACAAUUAUUGGUCAUUUUAGCAUUGAAUUAUUGUAUAGCUACUUGUUCUGUGCGGUGGCGGAGGGGGUUAAUAUUAAUAUUUUCAGGCCAUUUAUUUGUAUUAUUGACUGCCACAUAUUUAUAAAUUUACAAAUUUUGAUAUUAAGUUUUUAUGAUUUUUAUUACACAGUCAUAACAGGCCCUAAUAAACAAAUUAUAUGUACUUAUUAUAAUUAUGAAUUCAAUCGCUUUAAUCUACUUAGUACUAUUAUUGUAGUAGCUAAUAUUUUACCUCAUUAUAUACGCCGACUGUAUAAAUGCACCGUGAAAUGCUACAUGCUCGUAAUCAUUAUCUUACUAAUAUUUUAUUCGCCAAUUUCUUACAAAGUUAUAAUAACAUGUUUUAAAAUAAUAUAUCAAUGCUUCUGUUAUACUUGUGAAUUGUUUAAUUUACUACCUCUUAGAGCUGUUACAAUAGACGAAAUAAAUAUCUGCAUAUAUGUGAUGCAGCUAUUUAAAUACACUAUAUGUCGGCACAUUAUAUUCUUUUUGAUAAUUAUAUUUACGACUAUUUACUUUAAUCUCAUAAAAAGGAAAUUUAAGAGAGGAUAUGGAUAUUUUUUUAUUUUUUAUUUACCGAUUGAGCUGUUAUUAUUUAUUAUUAUUUGUUAUCAGAAUGUGUGUUAUGCCAAUUAUGUCACAAACAUGUAUAUAUAUCAAAAACCAUCAUGUUAUUUGUUAAUCUAUUAUUUGUUAUAUAUUUGUGACAAUACUAUAUAUGUAAUCCUGACAAAAAUCUUACUUUUAUCGUUUUUUACUUCUUACAAAUAUACCGCAAUAAUGUAUGCUGUAACAGCAAUGCAAAAUUAUAGGGAAGGAAACCAUCACAGUACAAUGUUGCUCCUGAUGUAUCGUGCGCUCUCGUUUGUAUUACCUGAUAUUAUAUUCCACACUAACUUUUUUACCAUGCUUAAAUGUAACAGCAAGCACACAUGUAUUACUGUCACUCGUCGAAUGGCAUCCCUAACAGUCACUUACCUACUAUGUGAGUAUUUAUUUAUUUACAUAUAUUUACAGAAAUACCCACAUAUCAGCAAAUUAAUCAUUAUAUUAUUUAUACUCAAAUACCCUUAUUGUAUUUAUGUAUUUAUCUUUUUGUACCGUACUCGGCCUAAUCCCUAAAAAUAAAUACCUCAAAUUAGGUCUUUACAAUGCCGGCUCGUUAAAUACAGGUCAUGAUAAUUUCCAAGUGGCUAUGACACAGUAUAAUGCUGACAUAGUCGCAAUAAAUGAAACUUGGCUGCGACCGGGCCAGGAGGGAUGCGCACCCGCUGUACCUAAUUACCGACUGCUUAGUACUCCUCGCCCUACGAGAAUGCGUGGCGGCCGAGGAGGAGGUGUAGCAUUUUACGUCAAGCGUGAACUCCGUGUACGUAUUCUUAAGCAUUCGGAAGCAGAUAUUGAACAAAUGUGGCUAUCUAUGUGCGUUAAUGGAUAUAAAAUUCUUAUAGGAACCGCUUACAGACCACAAUGGGUCAAUUUAGAUAUCUUUUUGGAUUCCUUGACGGAGUCAAUUUCGUGUUUCUCCAACCAUGAUUAUGUCGUAUUGCUAGGUGACUUUAAUGUUAAUAUGUUGGACACAUUGUACUGUAAUACUUCAAAAAUAAUUCAGUUUCUGCAUUACACUGAUCUUAAGCAAGUAGUUAAUGAACCUACCCAUUUUUCAACAGAAACAGAAACUCUAAUAGAUUUAGUAUGUACAAAUGCCGUAGUCCGUGAAGUCUCUGUUAAUACCAUACAAGACUCACUUGGACAUGCUAUGAUUAACGUGGUACUCUCCUUGAAAAAAACAAAAUCCUCACCCAGAGUUAUUACUUAUAGACCCAUAAAGAAUAUUGAUUUUGACAAUUUUAAUCGCGAUUUAAAUUCUAUUGAUUGGGAAGGUAUUGGCGAGCUUCCGUCUGUCGAUGCUAUGGUUGAUAGAUUUAAUACAACGAUUAAAUCAUUGUAUGAUAAAUAUGCUCCAGUUAAAACACGAGUCAU